UGACGCUCCCAAUCACGUGCUCCUAGGAAAUACACUCGCUAUCGGUUUUUUUUUGGGGGAGCUUUUUUUUUGUGUGGAGCUUGCCUCGUCCUGCAUGGCGGACAGUAGUUGUCGAGCGGCUCAUGUCAUGUAAUGUACCUUGCCGUGGUCACUGACGGGUUCACGCCAGUUCACCGGGUUCACUUGAGGAGAGCCCCCACCCCUCCUGCUCGCCUCUUCUGCUCAACGCUCGGCCGACCGGAGCUCAUCCGAUAUUAUUCAUUUAUAUAUAUUCAUGUCGGAGUCCAUUUGGCCGCGUUGAGGAUAAUUUGGACUUGAUCGAGCCAUAUUGUACUGAACAGCCAAGACUGAGGUUCCCAGGGAGCUUUUUGAGUUGGACAAGGGUCCUACAGCAGCAGAAGGCAUGAAGCAACAUUGUGGCUGAUCCAUGACACUAAACUCCACUCGCCCUCUGCUCUCAUCAAACCGGACAAUCAAUCACUGUCUCAAUCCCAUCGCCACAAAGCUGCACAAUGGCCAGCAAGAGGAAAUCCACUGUGCCCUGCAUGAUACCAUCCAAAUCCAAACAUGUGCGCGAGGAAAUCAUACUGGGCUCGCUGCCAGAACUCCUACCAACAAUCCCAGAAGACGGCAUACUCAGCAUCUCUGGAGUAGAGUCUGGCCAUGUCUUUCACAGCUUAUCCAAAUCUGAAUGUGGUAGCGAGGUGCAAAAAGGAGGUACAUAUAGCUGUCCACCAUGCUUUUUUGAGUCCAGAGAUUUAAACUAUUUUUUGGAUCACAUGCACAACUGCCACUUAGACUUCAGGGCUCAGCCCACCUUCUACUGCCUGAACUGUGGGGUCUCGGUUGUUCGCUUUGAGGCUCUGGCUCUGCAUAAUGCUAACACUCAUCCUAAGAUCAUGGAGGGAUUGAUGACCGCCUCCCUAAGUGUCAACAAGAGGGAUGGGGUCACAACGGUGGAGCAAAGCCUCUUUACGGACAAUGAAGACGACUACAGAGAAUCUGGAAUCUCCCUCAGCAAAACCCCUAUUGCAAAGAUGAUGAAAGCCAAGGGAGAGCACAAAAAGAUUGUAGUAUCUCACACCGUGGAAGUAUUGAAGAAAGCCAACGGGAUUGAUGUGGACCCCAACAUGCUGACAAAUGUGCCUGAACUCCAAAACGGGGCUCUCAGUAUUCCUGGUGCCCAAGCUAUGCCGAGAUCAACUGUUAGUCACAUGAUUGCGACAACAGUAUCCAACCCAGUUUUUCACCAGCACACUCCCUCCCUGUACUCUUCCCCUUCCUCCGAUUCCAAUAAAGACUUUCCAAAGGUGAUGAUCCCUCUUAGCAGCAUCCCCACCUACAAUGCCGCCAUGGAUACCAGCAGCUUUCUUAAGACAUCCUUUGGCAAGUUUCCCUACCCGACCAAAGCUGAGCUCUGCUACCUGACGGUGGUGUCAGAGUUCCCUGAAGAGCAAAUCAAACUGUGGUUUACCGCCCAAAGACUCAAGCAGGGCAUAAGCUGGUCUCCGGAAGAAAUAGAAGAGGCCCGGCGGAAGAUGUUUAACACCGUGUUCCAGGGUGGAGCACCGCAAAAGCAACCUGCCCCCCAGCGUCAUGUCAAUCACUUUGUUACUCACCACACGAUCACAGCUUCUCCAGGUUCAAAAGGACCAAACUUUAACAUGGCCAAAGUCCCUUAUGGCGGCAUAAGAAACAAACCUGUCAUAGCCAAGCAGGCCAAUAUGUCGACUAAUCCUCACGUCACAAGGGUCUCGUACUCUACUCCGAUUCUCCCUCAGAAGGUCCCAUCUGUACUCCGAACAACACAGCUACUGACCAGGAGUAUUCAAGCCCCUGCAGAUCCUGACAAGAGCAACGGCGUGGAUGUGGCGGCAGCUGUAAAUAAUCGCAGCAGCAGUAGCAGCAGCACUUGCAGCAGUAGCAGCAGCAUCACCAGCUAUUCCAGCAGCAGUAACGGUGGCGAGAAUGUCAGAUGGAAAACGGUGCAUAGCGGAAUCCCGACCAACGGCGUCAACAGCUUUGCUGCCUUCUGCGCCGACAUUAGCAAUAACGAUUUGCACUGUGUUGCCACCGCCAACGACAAACACAACAAUUUACAGAGGGGACCGGAGAACAGCCACCCCGUCACAAAUAACACCAGCAAUGUAAAUGUCUCCUACAACAAUCAUAACAGUGUCACUCCUCAAGAGCAGGCUGAAACCUUGGGGAAGGAUCAGCAGCGCAACAUUCACAAUAGCAGCAGUAUUACCGUAGAACAUCCCGCCUUGAAAGACAGUGUUCCCCGCCUGAACCACGCCAGCACUUCCCCCACUCAAAGCACCAGCACCACCGUCAUCACAAAAACGAGUUUAUCAGUGAUGGAUGAGGGCAAACGCAACAAGGAGUUUAGCAUAAAAGGCAUGUCAAUCUUGCAGCAACUCAUCAAGGAAGACGACCUUUUUACCGGAGACAGAAGCUGCUCGGAGCUGAAAAUUGAACCCAUCAAGAUCAACUUCAAGAGGCUGAAAAUGAAUGAAAGUGAGAGCACAUCUGAGAUUGCACAUCAAGAACACAAAUCAGAGAUAGCCGAAGGGUCCUUCUCACCCCCCUGGGCCAACAAGAGCCCCCAGCAGCUGCGCAUCCUCCGCCAGACUUUCUCCGGCACACGCUGGCCCAACAGUCAGCAAUACGAGGAGUUAAGCGUCCAGACGGGCCUUCCCAAGUCCGAGGUGGUGCGCUGGUUCAGUGACAGCCGGCACAGCCACAAGAACGGACAGCUAAAGUGGCUGGAGACCUACCUGCGACCCCCAGUGCAGGCAGAGGAAGCCAAAGGUCAAGGAGACGCCGAAGCCAAUACACCGGCUGCCAAAAAGAAACUUCUUGAGCAAGACGUGAGCAAAGCCCUCGAAGGAGACACAGGACUAAACACUGGCCAGCGGGUUCUGUGGCAGAGUUCAAACUCACCGCUGCGGGGUCUGAUGGGGUCGGAGGGGAGCAUCGAGCUAAUCAAAGCUGAGACUGCCGCACAGCCGGGAGUCUUUAAGGACCCCUGGCCAGCGAGAGUACAGGACCACCACCAGCAGCUACCUGCCAGUCAGCCACUCAUCGAACAACCCAAUGAUGCCAAUAAGACCAGGGACCGCCUGAGGAUGGAGCUGCUGGAGGUGUGAUGAAGCCCACCCGAACACGCGGAACAAGGCUGGAAAACGACAAAAAAAAAAAAGAAGAGUGUUUGUAAUGACAGCAAAUGUGAUUGUAGCUGGACCGUAAGACUCUGACUGUAACUGUGAAUACCCCCCCCCCCCCCCCCCAUUUCUCUUCCUCUUCCAUCUGCCAUCACUUCCUCCCGUCGUCUGAAGAAAGAACUUCUCACCUUCUCGAGUCCUGUGAUGUUUCAGCCUUUCAUGCUUCUUCGUGGUCGUGUGGGGAGGGUGCACAAUGAGGUCAGUAUGAGGGAUCAAAGAACGAGAAAGACGCACACUGACUGGAAAACUGACUUGAAUGAACGCAACUAGGAUAGGACGAGGCCGGGAGAUAAUGUCUUGGGGUCAGCGUGGGAAAUAUAUAUAUUAUAUACUUAUAUAAUAUAUAUAUAUAUAUAUAUUGAUUAAAACUGCACUAUAAAGGGGGUUUGUACUGACUGGAUGGACAAAAGAUGUGUCAAAGAAAUGUUAUUGUUGGCUUUGUGAUAUUAUUUUUUACUUUUUUAGCAACUUCAGCACUGCCUUGAAUUUGACUUUUUUUGUUUUGUUUUCUUCUCUCUCUCUCUCUCUCUCUCUCUCUCUCUCUCUCUCUCUCUUCGCUUUUUUCAAUUCUAUUUACUCCGCUAUAGUCACUGUAAGUCCAGAUGCAAACAGUUUUAUUUACACCUGUAUCAAUGUUGGUGAUCACUUUGUGGUUCGGCUACACGCAAACGAGACGAUGUUCAAUGCACUAAUGAAAAAUCACCCGGCCGCAAAGAUAUUGAUAUCCUUUGCCGGGAUGGAUGACACUACAAUGCCCUGCAAGCUAAACAGAGACUAGCCUGUCACGCUAACGUUGCCUUACUCCGCUGUGUCCAUUUGUUUAUAUAUGACCCGUCUGUCCCGUCAUCUCGCUUUGCAGCUGCUGCGCUGUCCGUAAAGUUCCACCAAACUUUAAAAAAAAAUAAGAAAAAAGUGCAUCAAGGAUUGCUGUCGGUCUGUGAAAUAAUCAUGUGCUGCUUUGGAGAUGUUUCAUUGGAACUGUAAUGAUGUAUCAAAUAUGGUGACUGGCCAAGGUAAAUUAUCAAUUGGAGACUUUGACACUGAGUGUCGUGCUAGCUAGAGAGCCAAAUCAGGAGAAAUUGUCCGAUUUUCUACGGAACCUAGAGAAACGAGAGUCACUACGUGGAUAUUAUGAAGCUGCAUCCUUGUCAAGCUGCUACGAUUUAAGAACGGUGCUAUACCAUCCAAAGUGAAAUUGGAGGUUCAUCUCCUACCAGCAGUGUAUGCACUUGUGUGGAAUGUUACACCUUUGUUUUGAUUGGACAUCAGUGGAAUCUGGACUUACGGUGGUGUAAUGAUCACUUACACACAAAAACAAACAAAAAAUAAAAACAAAAAAAAAAACUUUUAUGAAAUAGCCUGAUCAUAAAGCACUGUUGUAUCAUCCUUUCUACACUUUCUCUGAAACUUUACAGAAUAAAGCGAAUACUCACCAA